AAAGUGAACCUUCAAGGGAUCCAUGACGGUCAGCCCAGUUGCAUCUUCAUUCUAUUCUGGUUGUGCUGCCCUGCUGACUGGUUAUCGCAGCUCAGAAGAACACAAAUACUUGUACGACUGACGAGCUUUUACUCUAAAAAAAUAUAUAUUUUUUUUUCGAUUUUUUUUUUUUUAACCACCUGGCGACAGCAACAUUUCUUUCACGGCAUUUUUAACAGCCACCAUUCUGCGUUUGGAGCCCUCGUAGGUGGUUUGGCUGCAUCAUGGCUGUCAUAGCUCCAACUUCCAGAUAACCUCACAUCCAGGAACGCUGAGGUAAAUUCGCAUCCAGGUCGUCAACAAUGAGUGCUGACUUCCUACGUGAGGCCUGAUCAUGCUCAGGUAGCCUAUCAACCGCCAGUGUCUGAGGGUCACCUGACCUUGGAGAAUAGAAGCGGAGAGCAUUUUUCUCUUUUAUUGCACCGCUUCAUACCGCAACGUUGUGACCGCCGACUUUUCUCUGUGGACGUCAACACUAUCACAAUGAGUCGAUAUUACUGAGACUUUUCACAUCCACCAGCAGCAAUUCUCUGCCAGCGCUGUCCCAUUUUCUUGCUCCCUCCACCAUCCUCGGUACCAUGCUGGGCUCCGUCCUGAAACGCAACAUGUCCCAGAAGCUGAGUGUGCUGCUUUUAGUCUUUGGCCUGGCGUGGGGACUCAUGCUGCUGCGCUAUACCGUGCAGCAACCUCGCCACCAAAGCAGCGCUGAGCUGCGCAAGCAGAUCCUGGAGCUCAGUCGGCGGUACGUCAAGGUCCUGACUGAGGAGAACCAGAACGCACCCGGUGGGCCGCAGGGGGCCACCAUGGCGGGUUACGCGGAUCUCAAGAGGACAAUAGCUGUGCUGCUGGAUGACAUCCUGGACAGACUGGUCAAACUCGAGGGGAGACUGGAGUUGGCCGCCAAUGUUUCGGUCACCAACACCUCGCACGGGAGCAUCGUCGCUUCCACUCCCGCUGCCUCGCAGAGAGCCGCCAAGCAGGAAAGACCUGGCGGCCAUCGCGGGAUGUCACACUUCAACCUGCAAACCCCCAACAAGGCGCAGCCACAUUUAUGAGCGUUGUUUUGCUAGCUGUAUUAACUGUUCUCUUAGCACAUCCCACUUUUCCUGAAUUUAUCCCAGGACGUCCGCAGACUUGAAGGAACUGACGCUUCUCGGGAAGCUAGCUCAAAAGGAAGGAGACCUUUUUGCCUUUUCACUUUUUUGCCAUUGUAUUUAUUUGAUUUGAUCAAGGUUGCAGAGUGUUUUUAUAUUUCAAUUUUGCAGUUUUAUAUAAUGGCAUAUUUGAGUCCUAAGACUAUUAGUGGCUGCAAACAAUGUAUCAAUCUUUAUAGCGCUGCAGUACAACGCAGUUAGGGUUACAAUACGCACAUACAAUUUAUUAAUAUUACAACAACCUGCUGAACUAAACGGACUCCUCACAAUAUGAAUUCCUGUGUUUGGGGCGUGAGCUCGCUAGAUACAAAACAAUAUUUAAAAUCCGUCUCUUAGCUAACAUGACGUGAUGUGUAUAAAUAAUUCCAAAGAAUGUUCGGCUUCAGCGCAAGGCUGGCGACACGUCUGCUGAAUCCUACUCGCCACUGAACUCGCGUUCGUCACCGUUGUCUCAGCUGAAAACGGACGGUUUUGUUCGCUUCCUUUCACUUGCCUUGGGUGUUAUUUCACUCUCAACGUAGAAUGGAAUGAAUGUACGGCAAGGUCAGGAUCUUCGGAGCUGCGAAGACGGCCGACCAUCUGCUAAUACGCGUUCAGGGUUCAUGUUGCACUGUGACUGGGGAUUUUCUAAAUAUAAUGGGCUAAUCUACUUUUGGUAGUGCUGUUUUAAUUGUACGUUGGAGGUGGUUGAUUGUUACAUGCUGGAAUAGUAUUACUGCUUAGUAAAAUACUGUAACUCUUGCUGAAAAAUAUUUCAGAUCCUCAUCAUCAUGAUGCCAGUUAACCAUACCUGACUUCAACCAACAAAUAUGGGCAAUAGCUGUGAUGUCGCAUUUAUAUCACAUGUCACCACUGUAACUAGUUAAAAGUCCACCAGACUCAAUAAACUGUGGUUCAAAUA